CGAGUCUCGGCGACUUUGGAGAACCUGAUCCUAAGACUCCAGAAAGAUGUCUUAUCAACAGCAACAGUGCAAGCAGCCCUGCCAUCCACCUCCAGUGUGCCCACCAAAGUGCCCUGAGCCUUGCCCACCUCCACCGUGUCCUGAGCCUUGCCCACCUAUAAAGUGUCCUGAUCCUUGCCCACCUCAGCAGUGCCAGCAGAAAUGCCCUCCUGUGCCACCUCCCCAACCAUGCGAGCCGAAGUGCCCACCCAAGUGCAAGUAACAGCUUCAGAUUUCAUCUGGAUCAGGAAAGGAUAAGGACAAUUGGCUCGCCUAGUUCCCCAGCUCCACCUUCACCUUCUCUUCAAAGCGCAUCAUGGAUACAGAAGAAGCUUCUCCACCCUUCAGCCUGAGAUAUGCCUGUGGUGAUGCUGACAGCCCGAGGUUUCCUUCCUGAGGUGGCUGUCCUGCUUCCCCCGGGAGGCAGGUGAGAAAGAGUCACAGUGCUUCCAAAGGAAGAGUAGCGGUUCCCUUUCUGGGUGCCAUCAGACGAUUCCCUUGCUGUCUCCUGUGUCUG